AUGAAGAUGGGAUCGUCCAAGCGCAAAAGCUCCUUCCGGAUCGACGACAUCCUGCACCAACAGCGCGCGGACCAUAGUUUGCUGUACCAGCAUCACGCGGCCGCCGCAGCCACGGCUGGCCGCCAAUCGCACACAUCCGGAAGCCAACCCGGCCCGGACGGUGUGGCUUCGCUUCCAUAUCCGACCGGCCCGAGUUACGGUGCCGUUCCGGCGCACUCCCUACCCGUGGACUGUACUGCCACCGGUGGUGGCCGGACACAUCGGAGCAGUUCACCCCCCGGCAUAGGGCUUCCGGUGGCCCACAGUGCUGGUGGUGGUGGGUCACCCGCCUCGAUCGGUCGGUCCGAUUCGCCCAAAAAACCGACGGCCGUCUACCCGGGGUUGCUGGAUUUCUCUAAAAGCGUGAUUCCGCUGCCACUGCAGCUCGGAGUGCCCACGUUCAAUCCCAUCAACGCCGCUUACUUGGAGCACUACGCGUCUGUGCUCAAAGCCACCCCCCGCGCCGUUUGGCCGUUCUACACCCACCCGUACAGCUACCUUCUGCCACCGUGCGGUUCGAAGCGCAAGGGCGGCCAAGUGCGCUUCACGCCACAGCAGACGCAAAGCUUGGAGAAACGGUUUUCCAACCACAAGUACCUUUCGCCGGAAGACCGCCGAAACUUGGCCAUCCAGUUGAAGCUUAGCGAUCGGCAGGUGAAAACGUGGUUCCAGAACCGUCGGGCCAAGUGGCGGAGGGCCAACAAUGGGUGCCAGUCGACAGACACUCUCGGACCGGCGGACUCGGGUUUGGGUGGCGCUGGAGAUCCGGCCAAACUUCCGGCCCUAGCCCACGGCGCGGCCAGUUAUCCCAGCUCAACGGGCUGCCGCACGAAGAAGUACUCGCAUGUCGACGACGACGACGACGAGGAUCACGCCAGCCAAGGCGGCCACAAGGAUCCGCGAUCCGCUAGGAGGGUCCGCACGGCACAGGGGUACGAUUGCAAAAGCACCGACAGCUUCUCGGAUCACGAGGAAGACGGCUCGAGUGACGACCCGGACGAGGAUGAUGAUGAACCGGCUUCACCCAUCAACGUAAUCUAG